AGCGUGCACCGGUCCGACGGGGGGAACUUGGCGUUCCAAGUCCUAGGAGAGAGUGAAUGCUCCCGAGUAGUAAUCUGGAGCCGAGUGCAGAACUACAUUUCCCGGCGGGCCUCGGGUUCAGGGGUCUCUUUCCCCUGGCGGGGCCUCUGGAGUCGCCACCGCCGCCGGCGCUGCUUUUCAAAAUGUCCAAAGAAACUUGUGAAAAAGGAGAGACGUCUCAGAGAAAAGAUACCACCUCAUUACCCAACUUUGAUGAAGAUAAGAAAGAAAAAACCUCAACAAGUUCCACUAGCUCAUCUUGCUCUGUAAGAUCAAUUUCAUCAGAGAAGAGAAAACUGAAAUCAGAUUGUAUAGACGUUGUGAACUGUAAUGUAAAAAGAAGACAUGAACUGAAAAGACUGAAUGUAGACACUGACACUCUAAGAAAGAGACCAAAAAUCAAUUCGUCAUCCCAAGAACCUAUUAAACUUCAAGAAGCAUCAUAUUCAAAUGAUAAUCAAAUUAUUUCACAAAGUCCUUCUUCAAAUGGAACUAAAAAAGAUAUAAGUAAUUGUGUAGAUUUUAAAGAUAAAGACAUUAAAUUGAUAAAUGUUAGGAGUAACCUUGACCAUGGAGUUAUAAACCUUAGCAUUCCUAAAAUUGCCAAAGAUGUGAAACCUAAAGCUGAAGGCCAGGCAAAUGAAAAACUACGGCCUCAUUUACUUGCUCACAGGCAGAAGAUGAAAGAUCUCAAGAAAGAAAGGCACAAUAAAUACAGAGACAGUUUUGAAAGGUGUGUUUUGGAAAAGUGCAAGAGAAUCCAAUUUUCUCAGGAUUAUAAUUCCAACAAGAUAUUUAAGGAACCCCAAGAUCCUAGAAGAAGGAAGGUCAGUUUCAAAAUCCCAGUAAAAUCCCACGAUACCCACCAGAAGCCUGUAGAAGAAAAUAUUUUCCUCUUAGAGUCCAGCAAGUCGACAACUAAGCAGAAGAAAAAAGGAUGCCUCGAAAACUUUCAGGUUUCAUUAAAUUUGAUGAAGCAAAAAAGUAAACAUUUGUUUUCAGAUUUCACUUGUAAGCAGGCUGUUUGUGAGUGGAAAGGAAAAUGUCAUCUUGAGCAUCAAGAAAGUAAUGAUUCAAGUUCUAGUGAACACCAGACCCAGAGUUUUGAAGCACAAUGUUCUUCAGUGUCAUAUGAAAGUAUUCCAGAUACAGAUCAAGAGAUGCAGAUAGUAGAAGAGCUUCAUGCUGCACGUGUGGGGAAAACUGUGGAUUUGCCUGUGGUCCCUCCUCCUGGAGAGUUAUCGAGCAUGGAGAUUGACUUGGUAGAAGAUGCUGUGCAUUCCUCUGCUGCAAGUACUGCUUCAGACAAACAUCUUCUAAUUGUUAUUGAUACAAAUAUUCUGAUGAAUCAUCUCAAAUUUGUUAGAAUUUUGAAGACAACAGAAAUCCCAGGCUUUGACAGGCUUGUGUUAAUAAUUCCCUGGGUAGUUGUACAAGAGCUAGAUCGUAUGAAGGCAGGAAAACUACUGAAAUAUGCCCAGCACAAAGCUAUACCUGCAGUUCGUUUCAUCAAUGACAGUCUCAAAAGUCAAGAUAGAAAACUAUGGGGUCAAUCAAUACAACUUGCAUCUCAAAAACUUUAUGGAUUCAGUGAUGAGAACAAUGAUGAUCGCGUAUUAAAAUGCUGCCUUCAAUACCAGGAAUUAUUCCCUAGUUCUCUUGUUAUUCUGUGCACGGAUGAUAGAAAUUUAAGAAACAAAGGCCUAAUAAGUGGUGUGAAGUCACUCAGUAAAGAAGAAUUGAGUACAGAGUUCUUAAAUUUGUCUCUGAACACAGUUACAUGUCAUCAGCCAUGUGUAUCUAAGCAACAAUUGAAAACAGAGCAAACACCUUUGGGAAAGAGUAAUGAGGAAGAAUCUGUAAAUUCUGGACUGCUCAUUCUGCUUGAAGGCAUAGUAGCUGAUCUUGAAAAAUCUCUUGGAACAGCCUUAUCUUCAAUAUUAGAAACAGAAAUGAAAAUUGCUUUUGGAAACCUCUGGAUGGAGAUGCUGUACUUGAAACCACCGUGGACUCUAAUGCAUUUAAUACAAUGCUUUAAAAAACAUUGGUUGGCUGUCUUUGGAUUAAUUAUGGAAAAUAACUUGCUUUUAACCGUUGAGAGCUUAUACGACAGUCUCUGUAAAGCUAACAGUGCAGUAGAUUUUACAACAGUGAAAUUCCUACUCCAGGAUUCUCAAAGCCUAUUACAUGCUUUCAGUACAAGGUCAGAUUAUGAUGGUGUUCUUCCACAGGCCUUUGCUCAAGUAAACAAACUUCUCCAAACAUUUACAGAGGUCAAGGUAAAACGUAAUCAAAAUCCUUCAGAAAAUACAGCGGGUAACAAGCAAGAAGAUACUUCUCCAAUGAAGUCUGACAACCAAGAAAUCACCAUUUUCUCGGGCGCUCGUCUUUCCCCACCCAACAGGCAUCAAGAAAUCUGGUCUAUCUUAGAGAGUGUUUGGAUUACAAUAUAUGAGAACAGCACAGAUGUGUUUCAAAGAUUGGGCCCAAAUUCAGCUCUGACUUCCUCAAAAAUACCAUCAUUUGAAGAAGCAUUUAUAUAUCUUCAAAAGUUAAUGGCAGCUGUGAAGAAUAUUCUUGAAGGAAUUCAGAGGAUUUUGGCCCCCAACAGUAAUUAUCAAGAUAUUGAGACCCUCUAUAACUUCCUAAUCAAACAUGAGGUAAAUAAAAGUGUCAAAUUCACUGCCCAGGAACUUUAUGAUUGUGUUUCACAUACUGAGUAUCGGGAAAAGUUAACCAUCGGAUGCCGCCAGCUGGUUGAGAUGGAGCGUGCCAUGCAGCAGUGCAAUGCAUCUGUGUAUAUGGAGGCCAAGAGCAGGGGGUGGAGUGAAGACAUGCUCAAUGAUAGGACCUAAUCUGGUAACUCGAAAGGAUUGCAUUUGUCUUCAAGAACAACAGAGUAGCUUUCAACCUUUUGAGCCAAACCCAAGAGACUUGUAAGAAAUCUCAUUUGUAUAAAAAGGUGAUUGCUUAUUACUGACAGUCUCAUUGAGGUUCUCUAAAAAGCCUAAUGCAUCCGUUGUGGGAUAAACUGUGAACUCAACUCUUCUGACGUUGACAAUACUUUCCUACCUCCACUCCUGAUACUGAGCCAGAAUGUUUAAGGAAAGGAGAGCUGCUUUUCACCUUAGGGCAGAAGCCAUUGUGGCCCCUGAAGAAGGCACAGCAUUAGCGUCUCUCUCAACCCUGAAUAUAUGGUUACAUGAUCAGGGACACUUCCAAACUCCAAGAAAAAAUUAGGACAUGACCAUACUCACCAUUAUUCCACAAAUGAAAUCUUACCCUGGACUGUUUUAUGAUUAGCAUCUUCCAUGUAGACCUGGUGAAUGCAAUGCACAUCCCUUCCACUUCCCCAAGGUGCUGAAAAUAGAAUUGUCACUUCUGCUCCAACUUUCAAUAGCACCCUUUCUUCUGCCCUAGGCUUGUCACUUAACGGUGCAUUUCUAGCGAGGAGCAGGGAGACCCCUAUACAGUUUCCCCUUACAUGUGAAGCAGCAUGAGGUAAUGGGAUUAGGUGGCAGUGACUGACGUUUGCCUCUAGGUAAACCAAGUGUUUAAUUGACUUAUUUACUUAUACUGCGAGUUGGAAGUCCUUGUUUUUUGGAGUAUAUUAUGCUUUUGUUAGUAAAUUAAACCUAAUUUGGUAUUCUAUUAUAAAUGCUUUUUUUAAGUAAUAAAUUAUUUUUAGUAAAAUUUAACUUUUCAUUUUACUUCCAAAUUGUAUUUCUGAAUGUGUGCAAGGUGUGAUUAUAAAGAGAACCUACUCACAAUGCUCACUAGUAGUCUGUGCAGGAUCCACUGAGCUUUGUUCGCACCCGAAGUGCUGGGGCUCACAGUGCUGUCUGCUUUACACCAGGGGAAGAAGCCCUCUGCUCCUCAGGAGCCAAAACAUCCCUUCCCGUGGACCAAAUGAAUUUUUUUCAGGUCCUAAUCCAUCAGCUGCUUUUGGUUAUUACUGUUGGGUUUCGGCUCAUCUUUGUUCCCUGUCUUUCUAUCCUGUCUUUUAAUCUAUGUUAUGCAUUUCAGAGCGUUUCUUUUCACUCCUAUUAACUGCUACUUCCUAUUUCACUCUUAUUUAUGUGCAUUUUAAUUUUACCUUAGUCUGUGUGUCUUUUACUUUGUGCAUUAAUUUGUCAAUUAGUUCAACAUUUCUUAAAUUUUAUUGAUCUGUGAAAGUGUUUUCUUCUAAUGUUAGGUUUGGGAUUUUUUGGUCUUUUUUAUUUUUAGAAACAUUCUUUUAAACUUUUUUAGUCUUUGUUUCUUUGAAAUGUCAGGUCCCCCUCCCCCCCUCCUUGCUGCCUUCUCUUCUAAUCUUUAAUUUUGUUACAGUCAGUCUAGUAAUUGUCUGUCACUGUGCACACUUGUCACAGUAUUACUGUGUUCCCCUUCACCUUUUCAGUCAUUCCCCAUUUUUCUCCCCCCGGCAACCAUCAGUAUGAUCUAUUUAUAUGAGUCUGUUUUUGUUUGGUUUGUUCAUUUGUUUUUUUUAGAUUCCAUAUACAAGUGAAACCUUACAGUAUUUUCUUAUUUUACUUGGCAUAAUACCCUCUAGGUCCAUCCAUGUUGUUGCAAAUGACAAGAUAUCAUUCUUUUUUAUUUCUGAGUAAUAUUCCAUUUGUUUAUUUUUGCUUUUGUUUCCCUUGCUUGAGGGACAUAUAAAUUAUAGAGGCUAAUGUCAGAUAGUUUACUACCUGUGUUAGCUUCUAGGAGCGUUAUGGUUUCAGGUCAUACUUUGUCUUUAAUACAGUUUUAGUUUUUGUGUAAGUGUAAAAAAGUGGUCCAGUUUUUUUUUUCUUUUGCAUCUGUCUGUCCAGUUUUCCCAGCACUUUUUGAAGAGGCUGUUGUUUCUUCAUUGUAUAUUCUUACCUCCUUUGUCAUAGAUUGACCAUAUAAGCAAGUUUAUUCCUGGGCUGUUCUGCUCCACUGAUCUAAGUGUCUUCUUGUCCCAGUACCAUACCGUUUUGAUUACUGUGGUUUUGUUGUAGUCUGAAAUCAGGGAUUGUGGUACCUCCAACUUUGUUCUUGUUUAACAUUGUUUUGGCUGCCCGGCCAGUGUUGCUUAGUGGUUGAGCAUCAACCUAUGAACCGGAUCACAGUUCAAUUUCAGGUCAGGACACAGGCUCAGGUUGCGGGCUCAUCCCCAGUGGGGGUCGUGCAAGUCAGCCAAUUGAUAUUCCUAUCUAACUCUCUCCCACUUCCUCUCAAUAAAAAUAUAUAGUAAAAAAAAAAAAAAAUGGUUUUGGCUAUUUCAGGGCUUUUGUGAUUCCAUAGCCAUUUUAGGAUUAUUCUAGUUCUGAGAAUGCCAUUAGUAUUUUGAUAAGGAUUGCAUUGAAUCUGCAGGUUGCUUUCAGACAUGUGUUUUGAUGAAUAAGUAGAUCUUUAGAAGAGCAACUUCAGGUUUUAAAAUCUCCAUUCUUUAAUAUGUAUGGCUAUUAUAUUUUGAGCAGAAGCCAUCAUAUGCAUGCCAUGAACCAAAGUGGACUGAUGGGGAAAGUCACACCAGGGUAAGGGGUGCCUACUUUAUACUCUUGGCUAUGUCGUAGUGAGGAGCUGGUGAUAACUUCAUGAGAAGCAUCCAUGAGGAUUAUCCUAUCCAAGUUCCUGGCACCACUUUGCACUAGACUUUUCCAACUUACUUUUCCAGAAUGCUAUAAAUAGAGCCGUUUGAGGCUGCCUUUUCAUUUAGCAUCCUCCUGCAAUCCAUCCAUGUAUUAGUACUUCAAUUUUUAUUCCCAAGUAGUAUCCUAUUGUAUGAGUGGAAUUUAUUCAUUCACUAGUUGGAAGAAUAUUUCAGGUUUUUUAAAAUAUAUUUUAUUGAUUUUUUAACAG